CGGACGCAAUAACAAUAACAAACUCUCGGCCGAACCACCUGCAUUUGGGCCUGACAGUGUGCGAAAAUGUCAAAAAACUAACAAAAAAGUGCGCAAAAUUCCAGUGAUUUUCCAGUGAAGAUGAGCUGCCCCAGUAAAAUUUGCAACCCGCCCGCUGCAGGCGCCGACGAUGGAUGGGUGGAGGAAAAGGCGUCCCCCGAAAUCAAAGAGGCGAUGAAACCCUUUGCUCUGGAUGAGGCGACUUUGAGGAAAACCAUGGCCCUUUUCCUCGACAACAUUGAGCGAGGUUUGAAAAAAGCCACUCAUGAUGAGGCCACGGUGAAAUGCUUCCCCACCUACGUGCAGGACUUGCCCCAAGGGACGGAAAAGGGAAAAUUCCUGGCCCUUGAUCUGGGAGGCACCAACUUCCGCGUGCUGCUAGUCGAGCUGGACAUCGGCAAAUGCGACUUGCAGUCGGACAUCUACGCCGUUCCCCACGAUGUAAUGCUUGGCACUGGUGAGCAGCUCUUCGACCACAUCGCAGCCAGCUUAGCUGACUUCGUCACCAAGCAUCAGCUGGAGGCUGAGGUGCUUCCUUUGGGCUUCACCUUCAGCUUUCCAUUGGUGCAGAAGGGCCUGCGCUCGGGCCUUUUGGUCCGCUGGACCAAAGGCUUCAACAUCCCGGAAGUGCUGGGGGGCGAUGUGGUGCAAUGGCUCCAAGAGGCCUUGGAGAGGCGCGGCGACAUCAAGAUUGAUGUUUGCGCCAUUCUGAACGACACCACGGGAACCUUGAUGUCGUGCGCCUGGAAGAACCCGGAAUGCCGCAUCGGGCUGAUCAUCGGAACCGGCCAUAACGGGUGCUACCUGGAGGCGCAAGCCAACGCCGAACUGUUCGACGAACCCGAUAUGGGUUCGGGCAAAGUCAUCAUCAACUUGGAGGCGGCUGCUUUUGGGGACGAUGGCUGCUUGGAGUACAUGUUGACUGAUGUGGAUAAGCUGGUGGAUGGCGACAGCAUCAAUCCUGGAAAGCAGAUCUACGAGAAACUGAUAUCUGGCAUGUAUUUGGGGGAAGUGGCGCGUUUGUACGUGCAAAGGUUCAUAGAAGGCGACCUGAUGUUCGGGGGCAAUCACGCCGAGGUUUUCCAGACCAAGGAGGUGUUUGAGACCGCGAUGAUAUCAGACGUAGAGUCCGAUCCUGCAGGGUCGUUCCAGAAGACCCAGGAGGUUCUGCAGAAGCUAGGUAUCCCGGAUGCUUCAGAGCAGGACAUGAUCAACUUGAGGUUCAUCUGCCAGUCGAUCUCCAGGCGAUCUGCCCAUUUGACUGCAGCCACCGCUUGUGUGCUGACCAAGAAAGUCAAUGAGCCGAAAAUCGUCAUUGGGAUUGAUGGAUCUGUUUAUAAGUUUCAUCCGCACUUCAGGAAGUUGAUGAAGGCGAAAAUGCAGGAACUCAUGGAACCCGGCUUUGAGUUUGACCUGAUGCUGUCUGAAGAUGGAAGCGGCAGAGGGGCGGCCCUGGUGGCGGCGAUGGCGGCAAUGAGAAUGAAGGACCAAGAGGCUUAGUAACAAGCUGUAACAAGCCGGAAGAUUUUGCUUUGUUGGCGCCCUUAAACGUGAAUAGAAACGUGUUCUCUUUG